GAAAAGCCCAUGGGCUAAAGCAUAGAAACCAGCUAACAGCUUCUUGAAUCUUGAUCAGAGUGUCAUAGACGAACAGAGCAGAUUAGGAGUUAUCUCUGUAUCACCAUUGCAUGAAGAAUUGAGCAUGCAUGGGGAAUCAGUUUCUACGCUCUGAUCCUUCCCCAAAAACAAAAUAAUGCCUCUUGUUCAAUUCCAACUCAAAGCCCCUUUCCCUCUCAGCAAAACCCUUCCCUUUCCUUCAAAUCCCAAAAGAUUCUCAAAUCCUAUUCUGAAUUUCCCUUCUAAAACCCUUCUUAAACCCCUUAAUUGCACUAAACUUCCCUCUUUUUCCACAUGUCAAUACCCCAACCAGUCCAAACUACAACAAAAGCAACAAAAACCCAAUUCAAUAUCACAUACAUUUCAAUCUCUCUCCACAAUCAAACCUUAUGUUCUCUCUCAACAAAAAACCAUCCUCCUCGGUUGGCUCUGCAGUGUCAUAUCAGUCCUCUCGCUGUCCCAAAUUGUCCCUAGAAUCGGUCAAUUCUCUGCGAAUAUCGGAAAGAUUGAUGCUUUAAGAUUGAGGAACGAGGGGGUUGUGCUUGCUGCUCUUUUUUUAGCGAAGUUAAUUGCUACUUUUGGGCAGCAUUCACUUUUAUGGAAGGCGGCUCUUAAUGCGGGUUAUGAGAUUAGGGUUCAUGUUUUUGAAAGGGUUUUGAAGAGGGAAUUAGCGUUUUUUGAAGGUGGAAGUGGGGUUUCUAGUGGGGAUAUAGCAUAUAGAAUUACUGCUCAAGCUGCUGAUGUUUCUGAUACUCUUUAUGCUCUUCUCAAUACGGUUUUGCCCAGCGCUCUACAGCUGUCAGCUAUGGCAUCACGAAUGUUGGCUAUAAGCCCUGUUCUUUCCUUGAUCUCAGCCAUGGUCAUACCAUGUAUGGCUUUUGCUAUUGCAUGUCUUGGUGAAAGGCUUCGUAAGAUAUCUAAGAAGGCACAUCUCAGCAUUGCAACUCUAUCAGCCUACCUCAAUGAGGUUCUCCCAGCCAUUCUUUUUGUGAAAGCAAACAACGGAGAGCUGUGUGAGAGUGCCAGAUUUCAAAGGCUUGCUCAUGCUGACCUAACCGAGCAUUUUAAAAAGAAGAACAUGAAAGUGCUCAUCCCCCAGAUCAUACAAAUUAUUUAUUUUGGAGCAUUAUUUAUGCUUUGUUGUGGAUCAAUGGUUGUUUCAUGUGGUUGUUUUGACGGCUGUAGCAUGGUUUCUUUUGUUACAUCAUUGGUUUUCUUGGUUGAGCCAAUCCAGGAUGUUGGAAAAGCAUACAAUGAGUGGAAGCAAGGAGAACCAGCUAUUGAAAGGUUGUUUGAUUUGACCAUGUUAAAAUCGAAGGUGAUUGAGAAAACAGAAGCUGUUGAUUUGGACCAUGUUAUUGGAGAUGUCAAAUUUUGUGAUGUCUCAUUUAGGUAUGGGGACAAUUCGUCUCUUGUUUUGAACAGAUUGAACCUUCAUAUUAAAGCUGGGGAGACAAUAGCUCUCAUCGGGCCAUCUGGAGGAGGAAAGACAACCCUUGUUAAAUUGCUUCUUCAUCUUUAUGAUCCUUCAUCUGGUUGUAUACUUGUGGAUAACCAAAAUAUCAACAACAUCCUGUUGGAAAGCUUGAGGAAGCAUGUUGGCUUAGUCUCUCAAGAUACAACACUUUUUUCAGGAACAAUUGCUGAAAAUAUUGGAUAUAGGGAUCUGAUGAUGGAAAUAGACAUGGAGAAGGUUGAAAUGGCAGCAAAAACUGCAAAUGCUGAUGAAUUUAUUAGAAAGCUUCCAAAAGGGUAUAAAACAAAUAUUGGACCAAGGGGCUCAAGUUUAAGUGGAGGGCAGAAGCAAAGACUAGCUAUCGCUAGGGCGCUGUAUCAAGAUUCUUCUAUAUUGAUUUUAGAUGAAGCAACUUCCGCUCUAGAUAGCAGGUCUGAGUUAUUGGUGAGGCAAGCACUGCAACGCUUAAUGGAAAAUCAUACUGUGAUAAUCAUUGCUCACCGGCUGGAAACAGUUUUGAUGGCUAAACGAGUAUUCUCUUUAGAGAAUGGAAAACUUGAAGAGCUGAGUCGCUCGAACCUCUUCAGUACUGCCCAUAGUAAUUCCCUGUCUGCUACAGGGCUUGUGAUAUGAGAAUCUGUUGGACAGACAGUACAGCUUUUACCAUACAUAGGCAUAUACAUACUGAACUUCUAUUUUCAUUUUUUAUUUUUCUUACUUUUCACUGUUUUACAGUAACAGAAAGUAGAAACUUUUUUUUUUUGGUAGCCUUUGGAGAAACUCACUGUAUGUUUUGUUUAUUUUGACAUUAUCUAAGGCCCCAUUUGAUUGUAACAGUGGGAUUGCAAACUGACAUUAAUUAUGAGAAUCGAGCUUCUGAUUACCAUUUGAAAUGAUAAAUAGAAAUCACUUGCCCUGGUCA